AUGGCGACGAAGGUGCAGAAGAUCAUGACGCAGCCGAUCAACCUUAUCUUCCGGUUCCUGCAGAACAAGACGCGGGUGCAGAUCUGGCUGUAUGAGAACACGGAGCUGCGGAUCGAGGGCAAGAUCAUCGGCUUCGACGAGUACAUGAACCUCGUGCUGGACGAAGCGGAGGAGCUGCUGAUGAAGAAGAAGGAGCGAAAACCGCUCGGGCGCAUCCUGCUCAAGGGCGACUCCAUUACCCUGAUGAUGACGGCGCAGUCAUCAUGA